UUCCUAAAUUGUUGUGGUGCAUCAGCGAUUGCAGUCCGGAAGUGGAUGGACUUCGCGGUGGAUUGAGGGCAGCCGGUAGGUGCACCAACAUGGCCCGCCAGUGGGCGCUCGAUUGGACAGUGAUCGUCCUGACUUGCCAGCACAAGGACAGUGUGUACGCCUUUCAGAGAGAGUUGGAAGUGCGGCAGCGGCGCGGCUCUCUACCAAAGGGGGCGCUGUUGCUGACCGUAGCCGACCCCCAGGAGCGCCUGGGCAGCGGGGGUGCCACCCUCAACGCCCUGCUGGUGGCGGCGGAGCACCUCAGCGCCAGGGCCGGGCACACCGUGGUGACCGCUGACGCACUGGAUGACGCCCACAUCCUCAUCCUGCACACGGGCCGGGACUUCCCGUGGGACAGCUGUGGGCGGGCUUUCUGCUGGCUGCCCGUGCAGGAGAGUACAGGGCUGGUGGAGCAGCCUGUGUGCUGCCUGGACCUGCUGCUGAGUGUCCUCACAAACCAGGUCUGCCCUGGCUCUCCUCCGGGUGUUUGGGUGUGCAGCACUGAUAUGAUCCUGGAGUUACCCAGCAAUCCCGCCAUGUCUUGGGACGGCUUCUAUGGAGUUAGAGUGCUGUCUGUGCCGGGGGAGGUGACCUUUGCCACCAGCCAUGGGGUGUACCUCACUGAUGAGCAGGACCGAGUGCGUGACAUCAUCUACAGGGGACCCGAGGAGAAGAUCCGACAAGCCGCUCGGGCUGAUGGGAAGGUUCCGCUGGUGUCUGGGCCAGUGUUCUUCUGCAGGGAGGUGUCUGAGCGGCUGCUGCAAAUGCACGUGACCCCCCCGCUGGACGGCUGCACCUACCUGGGCAUGGACUCUGGGGCCCCCCCAUUAGAGAUCUCGCUGUUCCUGGACGUGCUGCUGUGCCUGUGUUCGGACGUGAGCGAGGACUGCUUCGUCAGCAAGGAGAGGCAGGGCUGCGCUUCCCCGCGCGGCCCGCAGGGGGCGGCAGUGAGGAACGCGAGGGCGCUUCUCUGGAGAGCUCUGCGCGGGACCCCCCUCUCCCUGGUCUACGUUCCAGAUGGUCGCUAUGACUACAUGACGCUCUCUGGCCUGGAGCACGUGAGGCGCCUGACGCAGACGGGGACGGAGAGAGAGACGCUGUCACACGUGCAGAAUGUACAGAGUUUGGCCGCGGGCAGUAGAGUGAUAAACAGUGUUUUGGAAGGGGACGUCCUCGUUUCUGCUGGAGCGGUUGUCCUGCGCUGCCACCUGCAGGGCCCAGUGCACGUGCCGCCCGGUUGUUUGGUGUCGGGGCUGGAGCUGUCCUCGCUGAGCUGUGUUCCGCAGCUGGCUCUUCUCAAUGACAUCAUCAUUCAGGGACACCGUGUGCAGCUAGGGGAGCUGCAGCUGACGGUCUUCACAGUGCUGGGUGCUCAUGACAACCUGGAGGCAUCUCUUGAUGAUCCGUCUGCCACGUUCCUGAACCGCAAGUGGACGGACUUCUACGAGCGCACAGGAGUUCGACCUGGCGACCUGGGGGGAGCGGGGGGCCAUGGCGACGCCUGCCCCUGUCUCCUCGACGUCCGCCUGUUCCCCGUGUUUCAGCCCCGGGGGGGCACCGUGGGGCUGGAGGGGGUGGGGUGGCUGCUGGGCGGGGCCGGGGGCGGAGCCGGGGCAGGGGGCGGGGCCUGGGACGUGGGCCGCUGGCGGGCGGCGUGGCGGCUCUCCCUGAGGGAGGUGCUGUCCUGCGCUGACCAGCAGGGGGAGCUGCGCUGGAGGGAGGAGCUGUUUUUCCGCGCUGCGCGGCGGAGGGCGGGGGAUGGGCUGAGGGGCCGGACCGACCGCAGCCUCCUCCCCAGCGUCAGGGCCGCCGUCCUGGCCGGCCAGCAGGAGGCGCUGCUGCGCACGCUAGACGCUGUGGCAGCAGGAAGCAGCGAGGACCUUGGCAUAGCUGCCCGCAGUCUUGCCUGCAUAGCGGAUGUGCUCGGCUGCCUGGCUGGAGAGGGAAGGGGGGGCCUGAGAAGUGGGCCGGCCGCGAACCCCGCCUGGGCCCCCGCCUUCGCCCUGCUGGAGGGGGGGGACCUGCCAGGGGGGGUCCAGGCGCUGGCCGAAGAGAGACAGAACUGGAAGAGCAGGCCGGAUCUGCUGGUGCGCGCUGCGAGGCACUACGAGGGGGCGGGGCAGGUGCUGCUGCGGCAGGCUGUGAUGUCAGCGCGGCGCUUUGUUUCCAUUGGCCGAGGGGAGUUGCCGCCAAUCGGGGAGUGGCAGGAGGUGGAAUGCCCGGCCAGGCUGGACCUAUCAGGUGGGUGGAGCGACACCCCGCCAAUCGCGUUUGAGCGCGGCGGCGCCGUGGUGAACGUGGCUGUCAGGGUGGGCGGCAGGCGGCCAAUCGGGGCCAGAGCUCGCCGGAUCAAGGAACCCCAUCUCCUAUUGGUCAGCUCCAGCGGUGGGCGGGACUGCCAGGUUGCCACGGAGACCGUGUGCCUAACCCUGCAGGACCUGGAGGACCACUGCCAGCCUCACGCCCCAGGUGCCCUGCUGAAGGCGGUGUGCGUGUGCAGCGGCCUGGUCACCUUCCCUUCCCAGCAGCCCCUGGGGCAGCAGUUGCUGCAGCGCUGGGGCGGUGGGGUGGAGCUGCGCAGCUGGUCGCUGCUCCCCCACGGAUCUGGCCUGGGUACGAGCAGCAUCCUGGCGGGGGCGCUGCUGGCUGCCGUGUACAGGUGCACCGGUCGCACCUUCGACACCGACUCCCUCAUCCACGCCGUGCUGCACCUGGAGCAGAUCCUGACCACAGGCGGGGGGUGGCAGGACCAGGUGGGGGGGCUGGUGGGGGGGGUGAAGAUCGCACGCUCCCGGGCCUGUUUGCCCCUGAAGGUGGAAGUGGAGCGUCUGGAUCUCUCUGAGGACUUCCUGUCAUCACUGCAACAGCGCCUCCUGCUGGUCUACACGGGAAAGACACGUCUGGCUCGAAAUCUACUGCAGGAUGUGGUGCGGAGCUGGUACAGCCGCCUGUCGUCCAUCGUGGAGAACACCGCGCAGCUGGUGAGCAACGCGGAGGAGUGCGCCCGCGCCUGUGUGGAGGGCUCCCUGUCCCGGCUGGGCGCCUGUCUGGACCGGUACUGGCAGCAGAAGAAGGCCAUGGCCCCGGGGUGCGAGCCAGGGGCCGUCCGGAGCAUGAUGGCCGCCCUGCGACCUUUGACCCUGGGCCAGAGCCUGGCGGGGGCGGGGGGAGGCGGCUUCCUCUUCCUGCUGACUCGAGAGCCUCUGCAGGAGGAGGCAGUGAGACAGGUGCUCAGUGACACACAGGGCCUUGGCGACUUCAGUGUUCACUCAGUGGAGAUCGACAUGCAGGGCAUCUCCCUGCUGCAGCCGGCCCAGAGCAGCGAGCCCGGCCUGACUCCGCCCCCCUAGAGCAGCGAGCCCGGCCUGACUCCGCCCCCCUAGAGCAGCGAGCCCGGCCUGACUCCGCCCCCCUAGAGCAGCGAGCCCGGCCUGACUCCGCCCCCCUGAAGCCCUCCUUGUAAUCAUCCAAUCAUCUUACUGCGAUCACAGGACCUCCUCGCCUUAUCCAAUCAUCUUACUGCGAUCACAGGACCUCCUCGCCGUUCUCAUCUUUUUUUAACCAGAGCGGCAAGGUGUCAGGAAACACCGGAGACCCUUAUUAUAAAGAGCACAGAGAUCACUCACUCACACGUCGUUGGGCUUCUUAUGCAAAGUGGCCGGGCCCAGCUUGACUGCCCAUUGGCUGCAUCAUUGGGGCACAUUCAUUUAGAAAGCGAUCAUUGGUCAGCUGCCCUUUUCCCUCAGUUCCUGUAUGCCUGUAAUGCAAGUUCAUACUUCACUUUCACAUUGAACCCAACUGACAGUUUGCAGUCACUGGACCUCUAACAUGUUUCUGUGUCCAGAACUGGGUGAAGAGGAAAAGGACUUUCCUGUUUUCAGCUCCGUCUGCUUGGAUUGGAUUACAGAAAAACUCUGAAAUUCCAUACUUUCACGACCAUGAAUGAGUUCACAGCUCAAGUCACAGAUGUUUUUUGGGAACGCGCUGGGACAGUGUCUUUCUGUAGAGUAUGUGGUGUUCUAAGUAACUUCCCUUUUUUUCCCCCCCACAGCAAACCUCUCAUUCCCUUCCUUUUUUUACCCCCCCAUCCCCCCAUCCAGUCUCCUCUCCUGCAUCCUAAACGCAUCCCCCCAUCCAGCAGUCUGAUCGCUGCCACGUCUUUAUCCGUCCCCGUACCAGGAGCCGUGGUGCGGCGACUUUACCCGUCCCCAUGGCAGGAGCCCCGGUGCAACAUCUUUUUGCUUCCCCAUUGAGCCCAGUGCCCUGUGCUGGGGUUCCGGUCUCACCGUGUUGAUUGUUGGUGCCUUGCUCUGCCUUGCUGCCAGGGUCUCCUCUGGCCUUACUGAAGGCUUCGUACGUAGGCUGACCAGAUGUCCUUUUUUUACUCCCCCGACAUCUCUUUAAUUUGGAACCGGUAAAAAACACAGCCAGGUGGAAUCUUGAAUUCCUAAAAGAUUUAGUUAGGUUGUCCUUGUUCCGUACACUGUAUAUAAACAAAUAGCCUAGUAUUACAGUAUGUUUAUAACACCACCCCGCAUCAUCCUUUUUUUAAAAAAAGAUCCAAUAUCUGGUCGCCCUGCGAAUCUGGUGUACGUCAGUUGAGAAAUCACGAAGUGCUACUUUUGAUACAUUAAAUUGUGCACUUUAUAAACCU